AUGGAACUUUUAAAAAAAUAUACAACCAGAAUCGAUGAACGUGAAACAUCACGACAGGAAGAUACACGUGUUUAUCAACAACAACAAAAAGGUAAACAAUAUCAAUUAAAUUGUGUUUUCUUAAUCUUUCGGCUUUUAGCUCAAACUGAUGAAAUUGAAAAAUUAAAAGAAACCGUAACUCAAUUACAAUCUACAACAACUUCAAGUUCUGUUCCUAGUCAAUCAACAACAAAUGUUAAUCAAGAAAAAUCGAAUAUAAGUUAUAAAAAAAAAUGGGAAGAGGCAGAAGCUAAAUAUCGUAACUUAGAAAAAAAAUAUCAUCAAUUAGAAACUGGUGGUAUUAAACGAUUACAAGAUAAAAUUGAUCAACUUCAACGAGAAAAUAAUCAAUUCAAAUUAAUCAAGGAACGUAUUGCUGAAAUAUGUUCAUGUCGUCAAUUAACAAAUAUACAACUUGAACAAUUAAAGUUACUUGUUAAUAGUAGCGAUGUAUCUAUUGAAACAAUUGCAAAUAAAAAUGAUUUUCAUCAACAAACAAUAAAAUUACGUGAUAUACUAAUAGUACAUAAUAAUGAACUUUUAACGAAAAUUGAAGAAACACUGAAAAGAAAAAGAAAACGAGAUCAAUAUGAAAAUGAUUCUGACAAUAACGAUAAUAAUCAUUAA